CAAAAUUUGGUCCUAAAUUUCCUCCAAAGCUGUCAUUCUUUCCUCCUCCCUGGAUUUCUUGAAUCCAAACUCAUCCUUUCUUUGUUCCUAAUGUUGACAGAAAAGAUGGAGGAAGAAUUGCAAACUGAAGAUAAUGAAGACAACAUUGUGAAGCUUUGGAGCUCACAAUAAUAUCUGCAAUAAUUAUAUCAAAACUUGAUUUGUUAGUUCACAUUUUUCUUCAGUACUCUAGUAUCUUGUUUCUAUGGCGGAGGAGGUGAUUGAUAUCCCGGCAACCCCAGAGCCAGAGGAAAUUGUGCUCGAAGGUGAUUUUUCAAAAACUAACUCCGCAGAGGAGAUGAUUGAUAUCACAGCAACCCCAGAACCAGAGGAAAUUGUGCUCGAAGGUGAUCAUUCAACGAGUAACUCUGCAGAGAAGAUGAUUGAUAUCUCAGGAACUCCAGAGCCAGAGGGAAUUAUGCUCGAAGGUGAUCAACAUUCGAGGCACUCCACUGGAAACUUAAUUAUUUCAAAGAGAGAAGUGAAAGUCCUACCCCGUUAUCUCACUGGUUCAAUGGGUUCGUGCCAUGAUUAUUGCAAAUAUGGUAUAGAACACAACCUCGAGAAAAAGGCAAGGCAUCCCAGUCUAAAAACAAUCAAAGCAAAGGCAGGUGAACGCCGAUAUCAGCCUGAAAUUAUAAUUCUAGAAGUGAAAAACAAGAAACCGUUGAUCAGCUCAAAGCCUUUGGCCGAUUCCAAGAGCCAAACAACUCAUGACAAACACCAGGUCAUUGAGAAAGAAGCUCCGGUAUUAGCCAAGAAGAUUGCUGUAUUGGCCAAGAAAGUACCUGUAUCUUCAAAACCUUUCUUCUCACCUGGUGACAGAAUCGAUGUUUCUGCAAAACACGUGAAUGAUUUAAGGCCAAAACCUGUGCAAACAAAGUCAUCUCCUUUCUCAUCACCAGGGCGUUUAAGCACUAGAAGAUACAGUGAAAUCCUUCCAUGGAAUGGAGGUCUUCAAGCAAGUCUGGUGAGAGGUUUAAGCAGUAGAAGGCACAGUGAUACCGGCAUAACUAAGGAAAUGAGGACUUUAAAACUCAGAAAGAAAAACAAUUUGUUGCCACCAGCUGUUUUUCCACCUCCUCCUAGGCCUCUUAUCAAGAGAGAAUUGACUGCAAAGUCUGGGCAACGUAAGGAACUGAAACAAGUUUAUCGUCUGAAAAGUCAGAAUGGUGUUAGAAGAGCUGAACCCAAGCAACCCAUUGCUGAAAAAGUUCCAGAAAAGAUGAUAUACGUCGUUACAACAAAACCUGUGAACCUAACUGUGGGAGUCACAAAAAAUGGUAACAAAAAAUUGGAACAACAUCGACAUGGAAUGCCAACCUCUCAAUCACUCCCAUCCACUGAGAGCAAGAAACUGAGACACACACAAAAUGGUAUUCACAGCAAUCAAUCAUCUUCAUUGUCACUUCUGUCCUCUGAGAAGAAAACUUUGAAACAUACUACGCGAAAUGGUAUUCACAUCAAUCAAUCAUCUUCACUGUCAUCUCUGUCCUCUGAGAAGAAAACUUUGAGACAUACUAAAAAUGGGAAUCGUAAUGCUCCAUCAUCUGCAUCUGCACUAUCCUUAUUGUCAUUAUCUGGGUCUAUGAAGAAUGACAAAAAAGACCCCAUCUCUGAAGGCAGUGGAACUAAAACUGAGAACCGAAUGGCAAGUCACACUAAGAGGCCUAGAAGGGUUGUGAGAGUUAGCUCGGAAAUCAAAGUUUGCACACCCAUGAAACUUAAUUUCACUAGAGGAAAGGUGAUUGAGGUCCAGCCUAGGAACCAUAUUCCAAGGAUACUCAGAUUUAAACAAAGAAGGGUUCUGGGUGAGAACCACAGUGGCAAGGCUGAUAUUAAGCAGAUAAACUUCGGGAAAAUAGUUGGUACUGCUGAUUUAAAUGGUUCUGAAACCAAAUCUACAAAUUUUAUUCUUAGACACCAGUCUGUAGAAGGAAAGAAAGAUGCUCAGAGUUUGUUGAACAAUGUGAUUGAAGAGACUGCAAGCAAGCUUGUUGAGACCAGGAAGAGCAAGGUUAAGGCUUUGAUGGUUGAGGUCCAGCCUAGGAAUCAUAUUCCAAGGAUACUCAGAUUUAAGCAAAGAAGGGCACUGGGUGAGAACCACAGUGGCAAGGCUGAUAUUAAGCAGAGAAGCUUCAGGAAAAUAGUCGGUACUGCUGAUUUAAAUGGUUCUGAAACCAAAUCUACAAAUGUUAUUCUUAGACACCAGUCUGUAGAAGGGAAGAAAGAUGCUCAGAGUUUGUUGAACAAUGUGAUCGAAGAGACUGCAAGCAAGCUUGUUGAGACCAGGAAGAGCAAGGUUAAGGCUUUGAUGGUUGAGGUCCAGCCUAGGAAUCAUAUUCCAAGGAUACUCAGAUUUAAGCAAAGAAGGGCACUGGGUGAGAACCACAGUGGCAAGGCUGAUAUUAAGCAGAGAAGCUUCAGGAAAAUAGUCGGUACUGCUGAUUUAAAUGGUUCUGAAACCAAAUCUACAAAUGUUAUUCUUCGACACCAGUCUGUAGAAGGGAAGAAAGAUGCUCAGAGUUUGUUGAACAAUGUGAUCGAAGAGACUGCAAGCAAGCUUGUUGAGACCAGGAAGAGCAAGGUUAAGGCUUUGAUGGUUGAGGUCCAGCCUAGGAAUCAUAUUCCAAGGAUACUCAGAUUUAAGCAAAGAAGGGCACUGGGUGAGAACCACAGUGGCAAGGCUGAUAUUAAGCAGAGAAGCUUCAGGAAAAUACACAUAAAUUUCAACUAA